AUGAGUCACUGCAGUAGCCGCGCCCUGACCCUGCUGAGCAGCGUGUUUGGUGCGUGUGGCCUGCUGCUUGUGGGCAUCGCGGUCAGCACGGACUACUGGCUGUACAUGGAAGAGGGAACGGUGUUGCCACAGAACCAGACCACGGAGGUCAAGAUGGCGCUGCAUGCCGGCCUGUGGCGCGUCUGCUUCUUCGCAGGCCGGGAGAAGGGUCGCUGCGUGGCCUCAGAAUAUUUCCUUGAACCGGAGAUCAACUUGGUGACGGAAAACACAGAGAAUAUUCUGAAGACAGUGCGCACAGCCACCCCCUUCCCCAUGGUCAGUCUCUUCCUCGUGUUCACCGCCUUCGUCAUCAGCAACAUCGGCCACAUCCGCCCACAGAGGACCAUUCUGGCCUUCGUUUCUGGCAUCUUCUUCAUCCUAUCGGGCCUCUCCUUGGUGGUGGGCUUGGUUCUUUACAUUUCCAGCAUCAACGACGAGGUCAUGAACAGGCCCAGCAGCUCUGAGCAGUAUUUCCACUAUCGCUACGGGUGGUCUUUUGCCUUCGCAGCUUCCUCCUUCCUCCUCAAAGAGGGAGCUGGGGUGAUGUCCGUGUACCUGUUCACCAAGCGCUACGCGGAGGAGGAGAUGUACCGUCCGCACCCGGCCUUCUACCGCCCGCGUCUCAGCGACUGCUCCGACUACUCGGGCCAGUUUCUGCAGCCCGAGGCGUGGCGCCGCGGCCGCAGCCCCUCCGACAUCUCUAGCGACGUAUCCAUCCAGAUGACGCAGAACUACCCUCCAGCCAUCAAGUACCCGGACCACCUGCACAUCUCCACCUCGCCCUGCUGA